CCGGAAUUCGUUCGAAACGGCAGAUGGCAAGCGCAUCUAAUUGCUAACCGCAGGUGGCGGCGGCAAAUUUAAUAGUUUAGGCAACUGUUUUUGCGUGGAAGUGCGUAUGGUGGCAUAGAUCUGUUAUUGUUUGUGCAUUAUUAACCUAAUAGUACAAAACUGGCAAAAUUGUGCAAGACGCGCAAGUGAAGUGUGGAGAGGAAGGAAGAAGAAGAAGUAAUAGUACAAACAAUGAGUGGUGACACAGUUGAAAGGUUCUUCGGCGUUUAUCUUUUGGUAUGUAAAAAUCCCAAAUAUCUGGGACGAACGUACAUCGGAUACACUGUCGAUCCCAAUAGAAGGAUCAAACAACACAACAAAGGAAAGAAAGCCGGAGGAGCCCACAGAACUAGCAAGCGUGGACCAUGGUCGAUGGUGAUGAUCAUCCACGGAUUCCCCAAUGACAUCGCUGCGCUCAGGUUCGAAUGGGCUUGGCAGCAUCCGCAAAGAUCUCGACGUUUGAAUCAUUUGCCGAAAAAGAAGGCGCGCGAGAAAUCGUUCGAUUACUGCUUUAGAAUAAUGUCGGAGAUGCUUCGCGUCGGUCCCUGGAAUCGAUUACCUUUGACCAUCCGCUGGUUGGAUGCAAGUUUCGUCAAAGAAUUUCCGUUGGACAAAGCUCCGCCGAUGUUCAUGCCAAUAAUAGAAGGAAGCGUUAUCAGUAGAAAGGUUAAAAUUAAUAGUCAAAAGGAGGCUUCAACGUCGGAUAGCUUUGUUCACGAUUGUUACGUGUGCGGAAAGAUAAUCGAGGGUAAAAAGUUGCGUUGCGUAAACCCGGAAUGCGAUCUUCUCAGUCACGUGAUUUGCCUGUCGCGAAGCUACCUGCAGCCAGGACAAUACGUGCCGGUAGAUGGCGACUGCCCCAAAUGCCGGAAGAACUUUCUUUGGGGCGACGUCAUCCGCAAAUUUCACGGCUGCUACAGCGAUGUCGCUCCAACGUUCACAUCCGAGGCUGGCAACGACUUUUACAGCUCAGACUCUGAUUAAUUACAUAGAAAUCUGUAGUCCUUGACGUUGGCAUUACUUUCGUAUCGGUUGUAAGGCAGUUUACUUAGGCAACCAAUCGAACAUGUAUUGGAUGUUGAAAUUAAUUAUGGGAUUUUUUUUGAUCUUUUAAUUGUUUUAUUAUAUCUUUUUUUA